CGGGUUCAACGGCGUCGAGUCUCUUGCUCUGCCUCUUGCGACUGCUAUGGCUGAAUUUCGUCCACUCUCCGAGAUUUGCCUGAGCCCUUACGACCGUGCAAGACUGCUGGUCAGCAGACUACCAGAGCUGAAACCAGAAGCGGUCGACCUGGACGAGUGCUGCCCGAUUUGCCUCUUGACUUUCCGGACUUUUUUCGAGGAGGGAUCCGGCUCGGGGAAUGAGAAUAAAGAGGGGGGUUACGAACAGAGCGAUAAUGAGAGAGGGGUUACCAAGCUUGUCGGAUGCGGUCAUGUUUUCUGUAGGAAGGACUUAAACGAGUGGAUACUUGGCCUUCACGGAACCUGCCCGAUCUGCCGGCACCGCUUCCUCGACAUCAAGCCCCCUUCGGAGUCCGACGACGAGUCCUCCGACGGCGGCGAAUGGCUGCCCAACUCAAACUCGGACGACCCAGAUUUUGAGGACGAGGAGGAUGUAUUCAUGGAUGAGACGGACGAGUUCGGAGACGUCGAGCCAGACGUGGACUUGCGCGAUGGGACAGGUAUAGGGGACAUGGAUUGGCAAACGGAUGGCACGGAUUGGGAUGAGGAUGGCGGGCUGGGGACUGACGAGGAUUGGGGACUGACGGACUGGGAUUCGAGCAUGUCGUCCGAGAGCGGGUUUGCGAGUGCCGAAGAGAGCACGGCAGAAGACACUCCGGGUAUACACGACGGUACCGAUGCGGAGACGUCUGACUCCUCUGUCCAGGGAGGAGCGAAGUAAUAUUACUGCAUUCGCGAGCAUGUACGAUACAUUUAUCUUCCACCACAUCUAAACGGCACAACAUUUGUAGACCUCACAAGCACACCCUAUUUUUAUUGAUUCUGUCUAUUUUCUCUGGUC